AUGCAGAGUUUGGCAUCGCAAUCGUCGACUCCAAGGCCUGGAGAGCGGGGACUGGGGGGAGGGAGAGGAGGCCUUCUUGACAUGCUCUUGAUUACGGGAUUCUCCACCGAAUUGGCUCUGGAAUUCGUUCGUAGCCUGCUGUCUCAUGAAUAUGCAAUCCGGGAUUACCCCCGAAAAAUAUCAAAAGCCAGUUGGCUAGAUGCCAAUGGGCCAUGUCGGAUUACACAACAGCUCGUGGUUUUUGGGCAAACUUACCUUGGGUGA